AUGUUAUACACUCAUGCCACAAUUGUGACUGUGGGUGCUUCACGCCAUAUAAUUACAGACAGAGCAAUUCGCGUAGUCGGCGAUGUCACUGUGGAGAUCAGCAAGACAGGCAUCCUCAAGAGGAAGUAUGCAACCGAUGAAGAGUGCGAUCUCUGGACUGAGCAAGAAGGUGCAGAGCCGCUGGCCAGUUGA